CCGAGCAAGCUGCUUCCCUCCGAGCUGACGGCCAGAUCAUCUGGUUUCUGGGUUUUUGGGGAAACUCUCCAUGCACGUUCACUGUUGCUUUAAUCUCUCCUUCUUCGUUAGUUACGCGUCUCGAGUAUUAUCAGAGAAAAUCCGUUUUAGCACAAAUGAUGCAAACUCCAGCCUCCAUGGUGAUGGGGAUCGUUUUUUCACCUUUGGGGCUUGUCCUCGUCUUCACCGCGGCCAUCACGCCUCAGUGGCGGGAGGGACAGGCUCGUCUGAACAUCGGAGGGACGGGAUCUCUUCUCCGGUCCGGAGCGAAGGGCCAAGGGCUGGGCGUCAGGUCCGGGACGGUGGAGGCCCUGCUCCUGCUGCGCUCUGACGGCCUGUGGGAGAGCUGCCUGCAGGUGGAGCAGCCGGAGCUGAAGCAGUGCUGGCCCGUGGCUGGUCCGUAUCAAAGAGACGCUCGGGUUCGGCUGGUGCAAGGCCUGGUGCUCACGUCCCUGUUCCUGUGCGGCAUCGGCAUUGUUCUGGCUUGCAUCGGGGUCCGUUGCUGGACAGAUCUACCUCUGAGGAGGGUGGCCGCUUCAGGUGGACUCCUCGUGGUGACCGCCGGCCUUCUGAGCCUGACCGGACUCGGGGUGUACACCCACAACCUCAGACGACUCGGGGUGGAUCCCAGUCAAGGACUCAACAACCCCAAGUUCCCCCAGCUGAGCCUGAACGCAGCUGGGUCGCUCUACUUUGGGUGGCUGGGUUCUUGUUUGCAGGUCCUGGGAGGCACGGCGCUGCUGUUCAGCUUCAAGCGGCCAAGAUGCCCGACCUGCCCGUCCCGCCAGGAGCAAACGGUCUGCCCCGCGUGCCACUCGUGUCCCGAAAUCACAAGCAAGACGGACAUGGACGUCUAUGAAGUCAGCUGUUAGAGCGUGAUCCAACGAGAUGAAACACAUCAGCACACGAAUCUGCCUGUGGAGGACAUAAAAGUUACAAUCAAAAAUGAAAUCUGUAAAGUAUAGUAAGUAAAAGGUUAUUUCCGUAGCACGUUUUCACAGACAUGUAUCACAAAGUGCUUUACAAGAAGGGUAAACCCAAGAAAACACACACAAAAGACAUUUAAAAACACAACAUAACCAUAAAUGCAUAUCAUAAAAGCCCAAAUCUAACUAAAGGCUUCUGGGAAGAAGCAUUUUCUUGCAACAGCUCGAAAAGAUCAGUCACCUAAAUCUGGUUAAUAUUGGAGACCAGAGAAACUCCUAUCGGUACAAUGUUGGCUGUAGUUAUAGUGAAAAAUGUACUUUGAUAAAUAUAGAUUUGUGAAGCUUUUUGUAAAAUAGCUCGAGUCAGAACAAGACUGUGACCAUGUGAGGUAUUUAUAAGAACAUUUAGCGGUUUUUAGAUGACGCUUUGCGAUACUAACUGAGAACGGACUCAGACGCUGGAUUUUCUGCGUACUUUCUGGUGUUGUUCAUUAGGACCAAAUUGGACCCAAAUUCACUGAUGUACUGUGUGACUCUUUAAAUGUUAUUUGAAAUGUCAGUUUAAUGAG